AUGAUUCUUUCUUUUUUUUUUAUUUUAAUAUUUCUUUCUUUUUCUAUUAUUCUCAGGAGAAUACAUACCGUUUAUUUCUUCUUUCUUCCUUUCAUUGUUUUCGUAUACUUUUUUAUUUCUGUGAUUAUCUUUCUUUCUUUUUUUCACAUAUUCUUUCUUUCUAUAAUUCUCAUUGAUUUUUUCUUCUUUUCUUUCUUUCAAUCACUUCUUUCUGUCGUGCUCAUUGAUAUUUCUUUCUUUCUUUUCACUUCAAUAUCUAUCUAUCUAUCUAUCUAUCUAUCUAUCUAUCUAUCUCAGUAUGUUUCUAUCUAUCUAUCUAUCUAUCUAUCUCAGUAUGUUCCUAUCUAUCUAUCUAUCUAUCUAUCUCAGUAUAUUCCUAUCUAUCUAUCUAUCUAUCUAUCUAUCUAUCUAUCUUUCUAUCUAUCUAUCUAUCUAUCUCAGUAUGUUCCUAUCUAUCUAUCUAUCUAUCUAUCUAUCUAUCUAUCUAUCUAUCUAUCUAUCUACAAGCUUUAA